UCUCGGAUUUUCUACCAAAAAGAGAUGGCGGAAAUUUGAAUUCCGAUAUCUGUCCUCCCCAAAACCUAAACGCAAUCACGAACAAGAACAACCUGUCUUUGGUGGAAAUUCCAAUUCAAAUUCAACAACGCAGAGACCUGCUUUGCCCUAGAAUCCAUAUCCAAAGUAAAUGGAUUCUAGCGUUGUGAGCGAAUUCGUAAGGAAAGAAGUCCCUGAUUGGGACGACGAAGUGAUGGCCACAGCUCGAUUCAAAGCAUUUAGCGGCCAAAGAUCGGAUUGGGAAUCCAAAUACCUAUUUUGGAGGGAUUUGAUUCUCAAAAUUGCCUGCCAUCUGGGCAUGUUCGUUAUUCGACCUUCUAAGGUGAAAAAUGAGUGGUUUAAUCGAGGAGGAUUGACCCCUUUAUGCUUUGAUCAUGUACUGUUUUUAAUGUAUAGUGAAGGUGAUAUUAUGCGAAGUGUGGAUCUUGUGGAUCCAAGGAUUGGGCGACUCUCCCAGUUGUUUAGAAAAGUAAGAAAUUUGGUGGUUAGGUCAACCACAACCCUGGAAUUAAUGCUGGAGGACAAUGUCAUUCUUACAGCUUUAUUGAAGGAAAAAGCUAGUGAAAUUAUCAAACUUUUAUCUGAAAGUCAUUGGACAUCUUCAUGCAUUGUUACCAUGAGGAAGUUCCAGGACAUGUGUGGAGGACCAAAUGAAGCAUCUGCAGUUUUGAGUUAUUUGUCUGGACAAGGGAAAGCUCAAUAUCUCUCAGUUAAUAAGAAGGAAUUUAUAGAGGGCAUUAAAGUUUCCCUCUCACCAGCACCAGUGCCUACCAUCUCAAGCUUAGAUUUUGAUGUUCUGCACUUGAUAUGGACAAUAGAGAAGCUUCAGCGGCAAAUUGAUUUGAUUGACCAGCGUUAUGAAAUAUCAAGAAAAUCAGCUUUGGCAUCUCUGAAAUCCGGAAACAAGAAAAUGGCUCUAAGAAAUGCUAGGGAGAUGAAAUUGACCUCAGAAAGUAGAGAAAAAUGCACUUCACUUUUGAACAGAGUGGAGGAGCUUCUUAAUGCUAUAAUGAAUGCUGAAUCUACAAAGAAGGUAACUGAGGCCAUCCAAAUUGGAGCGCAAGCAAUGAAGCAAAACAGGAUAACUGUGGACGAAGUUGAUCUCUGUUUGGAAGAACUUGAGGAGAGUAUUGAUUCUCAAAAGCAAGUUGAAAUGGCUCUGGAAUCAACUCCAUCGUAUUCUGGUAUUGAGGAUGAAGAUGUUGAAGAGGAGUUCAAAAAAUUAGAGUUUGAAGUAGGAAGUGAAAACCUCCAACCUUCGGUUCCAGGGAUUGGAGUUUGCAGUACAUCAGGAGAAACGGACAAUUUGGUAUCCACCGACUCACUAAGUGAUGCUCUGUCAAAUCUCAAGCUUCAGGAUUAUUCACAAAGUCAGGUUUCCGUGGUGGCAACGAGGACCAAAGAAUCAAAAAAUCCUACACUUGAAGCAGCAUAAAUGAAAAAAUUACAGUUGCCAUACUUGGCAUGUUUUACGAUGUGAAAUUCUUGAUCAUUCGACCAAUGUUUGGGUUCUUAUGUAAUUUUGUGUAUUAUAAAUUGACAUUCUGUGUAUUAUACAAAAUUCAAAUGUGCAUAUACAACAAAAUUAAAUUCAAUAAUUUAUAUUUUACAA